UGUUGAACUCGAGGAGCUCCGACUAAAUCGCAAAGUCUGGCUCGUUUACCGAGCGUCAUUAGUCGUGUUAGGAUAUCUUGAGGACCUUCGUGAGCAAUGCUUCAGUUUAGAAGUGCGUCGGAUGCAGACGACAUCUGCAAGGCAGUGGAAGCUGUGAGCGAUGACAUGGCAGCAGCAGCCUUGCAAGACCUUCCUCAAGAAGAUUUCUACGGUGACGAAGGCAACAGUGAUGACGAGGAGGAUUCUGGCACCCCCACGGGCAAGGGCGAGAAGAAGAAGCGCAGCUGGCUGGGCAAAGUCGGCAAGGGCCUGUACAGGAGGAGUGUGAACUUGGCCAAGAGCUCUGGCCUCGUUGAUACUCCUGCUUCCAAGGAGGACCAGGAUCUCCUCGCCGCCGUCCUGUCAUGUAGGUCGCCAUUCGCGGUCAAGGCCGGCGGAGUUGGCAUUCAGAAUCCUGAGCAUGCCAAGGCUUGCAGGAGCGUGCUUUCCUUGAUGAUCAGCCAGAUGGGUCGCAACCUUCUCAGUGGUGGGAAUGUGAUGAACGUCAGUUUCCCCAUCCAGUGCUGUCAGCCCAGGACUGUGUUGGAGAUCGGAGCCCAGAUGGGACAGUUCACGCACAUUUAUUUGCCUCGUGCUGCUGCUACGAAGGAUCCCGUUGAGCGCAUGAAGAACGUUGUGGCUUGCUUCGUUGCUGCGAUGCCGCUGACAUCCGGCAACUUCCUCAAGCCUCUCAACCCCAUCCUUGGCGAAACGCUGCAGGUGGACUACGGAGAUGGCUCAAAGUUGUACAUGGAGCAGACUUGCCAUCACCCGCCAGUGUCCUCCUUCUGCCUGGUCCCACCAUCGCAAUCGUACACUGUCUCAGGUUAUCAGACCUUCAACGUUGGAUGGGGAUACAACAAGAUGUUCUUGACAAAUCAGGGUGUUCGCACUGUGACGUUCUCCGACGGGAGCUCCAUCAGCCUGGACUUUCCUCAGGACCGAUGGAUCAAUGUGUUCUGGGGUGAUAUGGUUCAUCAAACCAUCGGGACACAGACGUUCACCGAUGAGAAGAACGGCAUUCGCUGCAGGUUGGAGUUUGGAAACCCCUCCAACAGAAAAGGAAUCCCCAACGACUUCUUUGAGGGUGUUAUCGAGCAAUUCGACUCCAAGAACCCCGAUGCUCCGGGAACCGCGUUGCAUCAGGUGCAGGGAAGCUGGUUAGGGUUCGUGGACUUCGACAAGACACGCUACUGGGACAUCCGAACAACGGAGAAGACCCCGAUGAGUGUUCCUGCCGACAUGCUCAAGUCAGACUCGCGCCAUCGUACUGAUCGCAAGUUCCUCGAAGCCAAGGAUUUCAAGAAGGCACAGGCUGAGAAAAUCCGAUUGGAAGAGAAUCAGCGCCAUGAACGUCGUCUCAGGGAGGCCGUCCACGGAAAGCACUGAGUUGUCGUUUGGUUGUAACUUGCACGAGCAAGUGCUGAGAACGAGAUUGAGACAUUAUUCAUCUGUUGAGGGGAGAUACACGUUCCAUGUCAUCGCGUGUGCCUUUGCAUUACUAUCGCACGCAUCUUCUUGUGCUGGGGGUCGUUUGCUUUGUCGAUUAAGUUUAUAUAAAACGAACGCAUUUG